GCCAGGACUCCUGGGUUCUCCUCUCACUGACUCCCCCACCCAGGCAUCGUGCGGAGGAGUCCGCGCCCCUUCCCCGAAUGCAUCAGCGACUUCGCCUUCGCUGGCUGGAUCCCGAUCAUCGGGGAGCUGCAGAGAUUGCUGGGGCGGGGGGAGUACAACCCCUUGCAGCCCACCCCCCUCUUCGAGAGCAACUUCCUGCAGGUGACCAAGCGGGGCGAGCUGGUGGAUCUGCACAACCGCGCCAGCCUGGUCACCCUGGGCAUCGCCGCCACCAGCCCCGCCCUGCUCCUGCCCGACGUUAUGAUCAUCGCCCGCCCCAUGGAGAGGCCCCAGGGGGAGCCUUUGGGCCCCAGGACAGCACACGCCCCACCAGAGCUGGAGCUGACCCGGCUGAUCCCACUGGAGCUGGUGAGCCUCUACCUGCACGACAUGGGGGAGCAGCGGCUGAAGCUGCGUCUGGCCACGGGGCGCGUCUACUACCUGAAGCUCUGCGCCCCCCGGGGGGAGGAGCGCCCGCUCUUUGCACGCUGGCUGCGGCUCAUCUACCUGCUGAGGGCCCCCCCGGACAGCUGGGCCAGCAUCCCCUCCUGGCACACCUCCAACCUGCGUGGGCGCAGUGCCAAGCCACCCCAUAGCCAGCAGCUGCGGCCCAUCCAGGAGGAGGAGGAGCCCAGGGCCCUGAUACCCCAACCUGGGGAGCCCCCAGGCAGUGGGAGCCGGACCCCCAGCCAGGGGCAGCUGAGAGGAAGGCAGCAUCCGGCCAGCCCCACCACGGGGCAGCAACCCUCCACGCGGAGAGUAGGGGGACAGGGGCCCACAUGCUCCACAUCGCCCAGCAUAGCCCUGGUGAGACGCUCCCCCAAACUCCUUGAUGGACUUUCUGGGUCCCGGGCAGAGGUCACCAGCCCCUGGACACAGGGCCCAAUGUCCAGGGAGCUGAGCGCAGAGAGGAACCGUGGCCAGCUGAGCCUGGCCAUCCCCUCUGGUUCCCGGAGCCCGGCAGGAACCCCGAGCCAGCGUGGAUCUAGUGCCAGGUCUAGAGCCACCAUGGCUCCUGGCUCCCCUGAGCGAUCCAGAGCCUCCGUGGGCAUGGGGCACUCGGCUGUGGGCACCGCCUCCGUAGGCGUGGGGCGCUCGGCGGUGGCCAUGGUGUCGGCGGCAGCGGGUCCGUCCAGGCCGACCAGUGCCCGGCCCUCGGGGAUGGGCAGAGAGAUGGAGCCGGGCGAGAGAUGCAGGGAGCCCAGCACGGAGACAAGACAAGCCCAGUCGGGCUGCGCCAGCCCCUCCACGGAGCAGGGCAGGUCCUGUUCCCAGAGCCAGCGUGGAUCUAAUGCAGCAUCCAGAGCCGCCGUGGCUCCCGGGUCCCCUGAGCGAUCCAGAGCCUCCGUGGGCGUGGGGCGCUCGGCGGUGGGCACCGCUUCCAUGGGUGUGGGGCGCUCGGUAGUGGGCACCACCUCCGUGGGCGUGGGGCACUCGGCGGUGGCCACGGUUUCGGCGGCAGCGGGUCCGUCCAGGCCGACCAGCGCCCGGCCCUCGGGGAUGGGCAGAGAGAUGGAGCCGGGCGAGAGAUGCAGGGAGCCCAGCACGGAGACGAGACAAGCCCAGUCGGGCUGCGCCAGCCCCUCCACGGAGCAGGGCAGGUCCUGUUCCCAGAGCCAGGGUGGAUCUAAUGCAGCAUCCAGAGCCGCCGUGGCUCCCGGGUCCCCUGAGCGAUCCAGAGCCUCCGUGGGCGUGGGGCGCUCGGCAGUGGGCACCACCUCCGUGGGCAUGGGGCGCUCGGCGGUGGCCACGGUUUCGGCGGCAGCGGGUCCGUCCAGGCCGACCAGCGCCCGGCCCUCGGGGAUGGGCAGAGAGAUGGAGCCGGGCAAGAGAUGCAGGGAGCCCAGCACGGAGACGAGACAAGCCCAGUCGGGCUGCGCCAGCCCCUCCAUGGAGCAGGGCAGGUCCUGUUCCCAGAGCCAGCGUGGAUCUAAUGCAGCAUCCAGAGCCGCCGUGGCUCCCAGCUCCCCCGAGCGAUCCAGAGCCUCCGUGGGCGUGGGGCGCUCGGCGGGGGGCACCGCCUCCGUGGGCGUGGGGCACUCUCUACCGUCCACUGCUUCAGUGGCAGUGGGUCCUUCCAAUCUGGCCAGCACCCAGCUCUCGGGGAUGGAGCCGGACAGGAGAUCUGGGGAGAGGAGCCGAGCCCAGCUGGGCCACACCAGCCCCUCCACGGAGCAGGGCCGUUCCUGUUCCCGGAGCCAGCAUGGAUCUAGUGCAGCACCCGGGCCAACCAGAGCCACCGUGACCUCCAGCUCCCAUGGGCAGCCUAGUAGCUCCAGAGCUCCCAGCUUUUCGGAGCCAGCCAGCUCGCCCAUGGCUGCUGCUGCACCUCCGGAGAGAUCUCAACUUUCUGGGGGCGUGGGGCCUUCGGAGGUCGCCACAGCGGCCCUGGCCAUGGACCCCUCUGGGCAGAAAAGCCGGAACAGCUCCGGGUUGCAUCGAGCCGAGAGACAGGGCAGGAGAUCCAGGGAGACAGUCGGAGAAAGCAGCAAAGGCAAAGCCCGGUCCAGCUCCGGCAGCCCCAGCCACAAGAGGCCGUCCAAGGAGAAGAGAGUGGAGUCGAAGGGGAAGUUGAAAUCGGCCCUGGGUUCAGCCAGGCACAGGAGCAGCCUCACAUUCGUGACCAUCUACAGUGUCCUGUCGAACUCCCUGGACAAGCUGACGGGCAGGAAGCUGAGACAGAGAAGGAGCCAGGAAGAUGCCAAGACGCAGCUGUCUUCGAAGCCCUCCAAGCGGGUCACCAUCUCAGGCGUGGUGGAGCUGUCGGUCCCGGGCAGCCAGGAGACCAGCUCCGUGGCACCCUCAGCUAUCGAGAGCACCAGGGUGCAGGGCCCGGCUGGCUCCGGGGCAGCUCCGCAGCGGGAGAGCGGCCCACUGCCCAAGGUGCAGUCUGGGAGAUCAAGAGCCGCCACAGUUCCCAGCCCCCCUGAGCGAUCCAGAGCCUCCGUGGGCGUGGGGCACUCAGCAGUGGCCACGGCCUCCGUGGGCGUGGGGCAUUCGGCGGUAGCCACAGCAUCGGCAGCAGUGGGUCCUUCCAGGCUGGGCAGUGCCCGGACCUCGGGGAUGGGCGGAGAGAAGGACCCGGGCAGGAGAUCCAGGGAGCUGAGUGUGGAGAGGAGCCGAGCCCAGCAGGGCCACGCCAGCCCCUCCACGGAGCAGGGUAGGUCCCGUUCCCGGAGCCCCAUGGGGAGGCCAAGCCAGCCAGGAUCCAGUGCCGUGUCUGGAGAUUCUGGAGCAGCCAGGCUUUCAGAGCGAUCCAGAGUCUCAGUGGCCGCCGGCCCUUCAGAGAGAUCCAGAGUCUCAGUGGCUGCUGGCCCUUCGGAGAUGGCUACGGUGUCGGUGGCCGUGGGUCCAUCCGAGCUGGAGCCAUGGAGCAGCGCCCGGCUCUCAGGGAGGGACCAACUGAGCCUGCCAGGCAGGGGAUCUAGAGAGUGCAGCAAGGCAGGGAGCUCCACGAGAAAAUCUGGGACCCCCAGUGCCGUGGCUGCCCUAGGGAUGGAGGGUGAUGAUGUAUCUAGAGAGACAUCCAAGAAGUCCAGAGCCUCUGUGGUUCUAAGCUCUCCAGAAAGAUCGAGACCUGUGGCUCUAGAUUCUGCGGAAAAAUCGAGAGCGUCGGUAGCUCCAGGUUCUCCAAAGCGAUUCAGUGUCUCGGUGGCCUCUGGCCCAUCAGAAAGAUCCAAAGCAUCCGUGGCUGCUGGCCCUUCGGAGAUGGCUACGGUGUCAGUGGCCGUGGGACGGUCUGAGCCAGGGUCUCUCAGCAGCUCCUGGACCCCGGGGACAGAUGCUCAGAGGGCUCCCAACGCGGGGAAGAGCCGGCUUAGCUCCCCGUGCUCCGGGGCUCCUCUGGGGACGGAGGCCGGCCACGCAUCCCCGGGCAGUGCCACCCUGGGGACAUCCAGGGAGCAGAGCCGAAGCCUGGCCAGGGAGGAAGCAGGGGCCCGUUCCCAGAGUCCCUCGAGCCAGGCGCCCCAUGCGAGAGCUGCAGUCUCGGGGCCCAGAAGCACCCGGCCCUCGGAGCUGGACAGACAGGGGGAGCCCGGCUGGGGAUCCAGCCGUCCCAGUGCGACGAGGAGCCGGAGCAAAGGCCGGAAGGAAGACAAGCAGGACCCCUCUGUUGGGCACCCUGCCAGCAAAGGCGGCAGUGAGCGGGCUGCAGACAGAAUGAAAUCCCAGUAGAGGUCAGGCCGGACACAGCCCGAGCUGGAGGGGAGGAUUCGUCGCUGGCCCCCGGGAGUCUCUCAGGGACAGGACGGCUGGAGGGCCCAGGCCAGGGGAUCGGGGCAGGGAACAGCUAGGACGCCCCACAGCGGCCGGCCGGCCAGGGGCACAGGGCAGCGAGUGUCGCGCCUUUCCCAGCUUUGCCUAUUAAACUUUGCAGUGAACGUUGGGUCAGGGUUGUGUGUGCAACUGUCCCUCCGCUGCGGCAGCCAGUGACCACCAAGGCUCAA